CAGGGGGGACUAAGGGAGGGGCUGAUGAGCCUGCCCCGCCCCCGACCACCUGGGAAAGGAAGUGGGAAAGGAGAACCAGCAACGGUCACUGCAUUUCCUUCACAUCUCACUCUUGGGACACAACAGGACGAGGACAGAGCAGCUGCAGCUGGAUGCGGGCAGACGGCCACAGAGGAGGAGCUUUUUCAGCCACAGUCUAGUAACAGAGGGGUUAGCAGUGGCCACCAUGGGUUCUGUGAAUUCCCGAGAUCACAAGGCAGAGGCCCAGGUGGUGAUGAUAGGCCUCGACUCAGCAGGCAAGACCACGCUCCUGUACAAACUGAAGGGCCACCAGAUGGUGGAGACCCUGCCCACUGUUGGUUUCAACGUGGAGCCUCUGGAAGCACCGGGGCACGUGUCUCUGACUCUCUGGGAUGUGGGGGGGCAGACCCAGCUCCGGGCCAGCUGGAAGGACCACCUGGAAGGCACGGAUGUCCUCGUGUAUGUGCUGGAUAGCACCGACGAAGCCCGCUUACCCGAGGCAGUGGCUGAGCUCAUGGAAGUCCUGGACGACCCACACAUGGCCAGCGUCCCUUUCUUGGUGCUGGCCAACAAGCAGGAGGCGCCAGAUGCCCUGCCGCUGCUGGAGAUCCGAGAGAGGCUGGGCCUGGAGAGGUUCCAGGACCGCAGCUGGGAGCUUCGGGCCUGCAGUGCCCUCACUGGCGCUGGGCUGCCAGAGGCCCUACAGAGCCUGAGGAGCCUCCUGAAAUCCCGCAGCCACUGCAUGUCUACGUGAGCACAGGUGGGGCAGGGAGUGGGGAGAGCAGGAAGACGCGAUCCGGGCACAGCAGCAUUAUCUUUGCUGAUACGACCUGAAAGAAUCAGCUGGGCUUUAAGAAUCUUAAGCUCAGUUUAUUAGAUGAGAAGUUCUUCUGUGCUUGGACAGGAUAUUUUCCUCUUGAAGCUUGUUGUCACUAGUGUUUAUGUUGAAAAUCAACUAUGGGGCACCUGGGUGGCUCAGUUGGUUGAGCGUCCAACUUCAUGAAGCUCAGGUCAUGAUCUCAUGGUUUGUGGGUUCAAGCCCCAUGUCAGGCUCCGUG